CGGGUUUUCGCUUCAGCGACGACUGCAAUUGAAGUGGCACCAUAAAGAGCUUGCGAGGAUGAGCAACCUAUUGUAGCAAGAUUAUUUCGAGGCUUCACCGUUUUGGGCGGAAUCAGUUCCACUUUUCUGGAAGCAGGUGUUUUCUCGCUAGUAAGUACCCCGCCACCGUCACAGGCUAGCCGGGCUGGUUCCCGGGAAUCGAAGAAGGAAAGCCGGCGCUUCUUUGCCGUGGAACCGGUUCUUCGCUUUAUACAUGUUAUAGAGCAACUGUAGGAAAACGCACGAGUUCUCCGGUUGUCAAACGUGGCCAUAUGACGGGCUAUUAAAGACAUUUCGAAACAACGAUAUCGACACGUUCGUCGGCCAGUUAGGCGGUUUUCAAUUGAGUUUGUCCGUCUCUGUUGGGCGUCAUCAUGGACACCGAUUUGCUUGUCGAUCUCGACCGAGAUAACCUCCUUGAAUCAAUAUGCACGGAGGAUAUCCUUGCUGGGUUGAACGAAGAUGAAAGCAAGCCUGAUAAGGGAGGGAACGAGGAAAAGCUGAAGGAUGACUCAGAAAAGUCUGCAGGUGGAAAGGUGAAAGUUGAGGACACAGAAGGUGACAAGAGCAGCCGUGGAUCCGUUGACUGUGCCCAUUUGGACAAGAUGACUGGCCUGAAUAAGUUCAGAGAUUUAGAGAAGAGACGGGAAGAGGAACGCAAGCAGCAUCAAAUGGAGCUGGAGGCUGAGAAAGCAAAGAAGCCGUAUUCAGGGAAGAAGUGGGGAAUUACGACGCCUGCGGGUCCGGUCCGACCCCAAGAAGCAGCCGGUUCAGUAGUGGCAGAAGCCGUUCGCUCCAACAAAACGAAAAUCAGUGCCCGAGAAGAGAUCGAGCAGCAGACCAGAAAGGCGCUCGAGAAGCAAGGGCUGCUCACACAUCCUGUCUCUCCGCGACCUUCGUGUGGAGAGGUCCCUGCAGUAAGCGUAACAUCUCCGAUUGAGCAAAAUUCGGACGAUGCAGGAGCGGCGAGUCAGGUUGCUGUAGCGGGAGCAGCUUCUGUCGAAGCAUCGGGUGAGGGUAAGCACGAAGAUGGGGCUGCACACUGCUCAACCACACAGAGCACAGGGUCACAACACUCUGAACAUGAUGAGCAUGAAGAUGCAAAGGAUGACAAAGGCGCUCAAGAAGAUGGGCACAAUGCAACAGAUGCUCAUGAAGUUGGACAGGACGACCACGGUGGCCAAGAAGUGGCAACUGGUGACACAAAUGCUAACGGGGAAGCAGGCGUUACAGUGGUGGCAGCCACUGAGGUCCUCGAUAACGCGGGCAGCGCAGAACAGUCACAAGUCUCCGUCAGUGGUGCUGGGAAGAAAACUGAAUUGCAGAAGAUCAAACACAAAAUGCUCGGUUUGUUCGCGUGUUACAACAAGAAAGGAGUGAAGGAGCCUAUCAGGCCGGAAGAGUCAGCAGUGACCGUAGAAGCCGUGACCAUAGAAGCAGUGUCAGCGGCAGGUCCCGGUGGAAACGCCCUACCAGGUAGUGGGACUGCUUCUACCGAUCAAAAGGAGCAAUCCUCCGGUGAGAAUAUGAAAUGUGAUGUAGAGCAAGGUAAACCGGAGGAGACUCAAAACGCAGCUGAAGCGGAGAAGCUUGACUCUGGCAAAGAAAGCCCCGUAACAGCCGGAAAACCGUCACAACCAAUGGUCGACGAAGCGGCAAAACCAGCAGCAGAAGACGCAGCGAAGCAGACAGUCGAAGAAGCGUCGAAACAGACAGUCGAAGAAGCGUCGAAACAGACAGUCGAAGAAGCGUCGAAACAGACAGUCGAAGAAGCGUCGAAACAGACAGUCGAAGAAGCGUCGAAACAGACAGUCGAAGAAGCAGCGAAACAGACAGCCAGUGAAGUGACGAAGCCAACUGAAGAAGCGAACACAUCGUGAUGGAACGUAUUUUAGAAGAGUUUAUGACUACGUACUUGUCCUGUAAAACUCGAUAGGCACGUGGCGCGGACAGAUAGAAAAGCUGUAUUUUUAGCAUAAAACUGGUGGCGAGUGAAAGACCAGGUUCGGGCAUGGCCAAAACUGUUCAUGCGAAAGAACCCUCGAAUGAUGCCAGCGCGAAAACUGACGAAGUGAAAUGUGCUGCCGUUCUCGUCAUUUUAAGUCGUCCUGCACGACCGACGGCAGUAUGUUGUGCAAACAGCUUACGUUUGAUGAGUGCCAGUUUCGUGUGCAGUUGGGCAGCUCUUAGUGUAUAUCAGUGUUUUUCUCCUGAAUGUCGAUAUUCAUGCGUUUCCAGUCAGAUAGUUUUUGAGAGGCGUGCAUCUCCAGAUGGGGAACAGUUGUAGUUUGCAGCGGUGGAAGUAGAAGACAAAGAAGACUGGCGUGAGUUCCGUACAGAAUAAAAGCAGGAAUCACGAAGAGAGGGAGUAUUCACUGUCUGGCAAUGUUGUCUCCUUUGGGAGACAGCGAAACCCCUUCAGGCUUAGAUAUGAUGCUACGUGUGCAAGUUUCAUUGUCUUGGUCCUGGGUGGCGGUGUUGCGUUUUUGAACAAGGGAAUGCCCCAUAUCUCGAGGCAUCCAUCGUGCCGUUUCCAAACUGCCAGAUGAUUGCUGAAUAUUGUGUUGCUUGAGUAUGUUCAAGGUAUUUUUGAGUACGGACAGACACUGUGUGUCAACUUGCAACAAGACCUGUGAAAUCUUUUGCAGGAGCCGUUAAGAGGAGACUUUUCAUGUGGGAAGCUUCCGCUAGGUAGCGAUGUUAUUCCAUGUGGUGCCCAGUAGCCGGUAUUACCCGUAUUUUCCAUAUUUUCAGACUGGUGAAGACCUGUGCGAACUGGUACAGUCAGGUAAUCUUCAUUGUAGAGACAGAACCUUACUUUCAAAUGAACUUAACGAUCCGG